GCGGUUUACGUCACUUGAAGCUGGAAGCUAACGGAGCUUCUUCUCCGUAAUAAUUCUAUUAAAAUGUCUGACUCCGAGGAUGCGACAGCCGUGCCCAUCCCGUGUGUAGUGGUCACUAGUUGUGACUCCGACUUUAAGGAGGACGAACUGAUCCAACAAAUCCUUGCCUCCAAGACGUUGCCAGAGGCGAGGAAGAGAGAAGCAGCAGUGGUGUGGUAUCCAUGGACCAUCAACAACAAGUACUACACGGCAGAUAUCAGCCUGUGUGUCGUACCAAGCACUUUCCAAAUGUCUCUAGAGAUUGCACAAUCCAUGCAGGCUUUCAUCGCUUAUUUUGAUAGCACAAAGAAAGGUAGUCUGGAGAAGCUCCAUCCGUGGAUAUCGGUGGUGGAGGACAUUGCUCCAGAAGUGCUCAUUCUAGUGUGUGACAGAGUUUGUGAAGAUGGGGUCACCAGACAUGAAGCCCAGCAGUGGUGUUUGGGACACAGCUUUGAGCUCGUGGAGCUCAACCCUCAGGAUUUGCCGGAUGAAGAUGAUGACUUUCCAGAAUCCACAGGAGUAAAGAGAAUCGUUCAGGCUCUCAAUGCGAAUGUGUGGUCCACUGUGGAGAUGAAGGAUGGACACAAUCAGGGCUUUGGUCUCAUGAGUAGUUUGGUGGCUGCAAGACACAACAACCCUCGUAACUGUCAAGAGCCGCAAUCUUCCAGUCUGCCAGCAGAGGGGGCUCUUUUCAAUGAAGUGUCUCGCCAUACAGAGAGAACCAACUCUCAAGAUAGUAAUGCAGUUGUUGAUGCAAUGACUAAUUUGGACAUCCAGGAGCUCGCAAACCUCACAGCUGGAGAUGCAGAUGUGGAUAACUUUGAGCGCCUCUUCACCAAAUUAAAAGAGAUGAAAGACAAAGCAUCUUCAUUACCCCAUGAGCAGAGAAAGGUUCACGCAGAGAAGGUAGCUAAAGCCUUUUGGACGGCCAUCGGCGGUGAUGACGAUGAGAUUGACGGGUUAUCAUCGGGCGAGGAAAGCUAACAAAAGGAACCUAUUAGCCAGUUAACAUAUCUCUUACCUUUCCUGGCGUCCUGCAAGAUCCAGCUCUUACCGUGAAUGGAUACUUGAACUUUGAAAGCAGACGUGUUAAUGGACUGUACUGUAGGCCAAAACAUACAUUGGAUUAGCAGGGUGCAUAUCCUAUUAGGGAGAAGGGAGAUGCUAUAGAUGGGUCAGCCAAUGAACAUUAAUACAUGAUAGAAAGGUCAGUCACACUCACAAUGUUUUAAUUUAUGCAUUUUUCCUUUUGGUACAGUAGUCAUACCUUGGAAGUGACAUGAUGUGCCUUAUUUAAAAUUACUGUCUGACAAAUAAUGAAGAUUGUGUUGAGUCAACAUAAAAAUGUUUCUUUUGGA